UAUAUGCGAAGCUUUAAUUUUAAACCAUGCAUGAUGAUGAAAGAAAUCAGUGUUAUAUAUAUAUCUAAUGACUUGGGCUUCUCGGAAAACAGAAAACACCUCCAUAACAUUAAUUAGAUCUCUAACCAACCAUUAUGGAACCUGAAGAAGGUAGUGUUCGACGGGGAAAGCCAGCCCUGAAACCCAUAGAAACAGAAAUCAGAGAAAUGAACGGAAGAGUUUACAGUACUGAUCAUCAAAAAAGCAGGAACGACGUCGUUUUUGGAGAAGGAGAAGAAGAAGAGGCAGUGAGUCCAGGAGGUCGUAUGUUCCACGAGCCAAACUUCAACGUUCAUGUUCUAGCAAUCAUGGGGUCCAAGUUCAAAAUCCAAUUAGAUGUUGCUAAGGCCAACUUGCCUAUUACUCUCCUCAAACACCCCCGCUUCUCCAGUUUGCUGGUUGUGGAAGAAAAAAAUAGAGUGAAGAGUAUGAAAUGGGUUAGAACAGAGGUUGACGUGGACAACCACCUCAUAGUUGCUGAAAUUGAUCCAAACAUGAAAAUAUCUCCAGACGAGUUCGUGGAAAAUUACAUUUAUAACCUCACGAAAACCAGCCUUGACAUGUCCAAACCACUCUGGGAGGUCCACGUCAUCAACCUGAAGACCUCGGACGCUGAAGGAGUAGUCAUUUUCAGGAUCCACCACUCGCUGGGGGAUGGCACGUCACUCAUGUCUCUCCUCUUGGCCUGUACACGUCAGACGGCGGACCCCACUGCCCUUCCGACCCUUCCGACGGCGAAGAGGAGGAAAGAUGAGAUCAAGGGUGGUGGUGGUGGUGGUUUUAUCAGAAGCUACUCGCAGUGCUGCUUCUGGGGUGUUUGGUGGUCUCUUCAGUUGCUUUGGAAUACUUUUGUUGAUGUUGUCGUUUUUAUGGCUACGACGUCGUUUUUGAAAGAUACAGAUACUCCUGUUUCGGGUCAUUCUUGGAGUGUUAGCAAUCCACGUCGGAUUGUUUAUAAAACGGUCUCUUUGGACGAUAUGAAGUUGAUAAAGAACGCAAUGAACAUGACCAUAAACGAUGUUGCCUUGGGAAUCACUCAGGCUGCUUUAUCAAAGUAUCUCAACAGAAAAUACGGCAAGCUUAGGAACGAUGACGAAGGAUCAACAGAGAAGCAAAACAAUCUUCCCAAAAAUAUUCGCCUAAGAUCUGUUGUGCUCAUAAACCUUAGACCUGCAGCAGGAAUUCAGGAUCUAGCUAAUAUGAUGGAGAAGAAUACUGAAGCAAAGUGGGGGAAUUGGAUUGGUUACGUGCUCCUUCCAUUUGAUAUUUCUUUAAGGGAUGACCCCAUAGAUUACAUUCUUAAAGCUAAAUCUAUCAUUGAUCGAAAAAAGCAUUCUCUUGAGGCUCUCUUUACUUCUUCCAUGGCCAAAUUAGUUCUUAAACUCUUUGGCAUCAAGAUAGCAAGUGCUAUAUCCCACAAAGUUUUCUGCAACACCACAAUGGCAUUCUCCAAUUUGGUCGGACCACUUGAGGAAAUUGGUAUCUACGGCCAUACAAUGAGUUACCUUGCUUCAAGUUCUUAUGGCCAACCACAUGCAUUGGUAGUUAACUUUCAGAGUUAUAUCAACAAGAUGACUGUUGUUCUCUCAGUUGAUGAAAGUGUCAUUCCAGAUCCUCAUCAACUAUGUGGUGACAUUGUAGAAUCGCUCAAGCUCCUAAAACACUCUGUAGUUGAGAAAUAUCAGUCAAAAACUACUGUUAUGGAAUAAUACAUAUAUUAAGAAACUAGCUAAUAAAUUAAUUAGGUGUUCUGUUUCUGAAAUUUCUCUUUUCAAUAACAAAUAUGAAAAAGAAUAGUAUAUUGAGAAAAUGUAAUGGUAGAAGAAUGUUUACUUAGAAACCAAUGAAAGUCCAUUUCCCUUUGAACUUUUGUAAUUUGACUUAACUCCUACUUAAUUAUUGGCCUAUGCUUUUCCUUUUUCA